UCAGUCUGUCAAGGUUGUUUCUGUGGCGCUCAGUUCGUCAUGUUGGAUUUAGUACGAUUAAAAAAUGAUGCAGAACAGUACGGACAAGGCCACUUAUUUGCUUUCUGGGAUGAGCUUGAUGCUAAACAGAAGUCUGAACUUUUGGAAAAUAUAUCCAGACUAAAUUUUGCUAACAUUGACCGUAUGUUAAGAAAUGCUAGUAAUCCCUGUUCGACGAGCGCUGAUAUAUUUUCACCACCUGAUCCAAAAUCAUGCGGAUCUCUUUCAGAAUUGCGCACCUCACAACCGUGUUUGUUAAAACAAUAUGCUGAUUCUGCUUUGCGGGCGGUCAGUGAAAACAAAGUAGCAGUUUUAUUGUUGGCUGGUGGUCAAGGAACUAGGCUAGGUGUUUCUUAUCCUAAAGGAUUAUAUAAACCUAAUCUUCCCUCUGGUCGUUCAUUAUAUCAAAUUCAAGCUGAACGUCUUUGUCGUGUUUCUCAUAUGUGUAAAGAAAAAUUGGGGAUAACUCCUUCAAUAACUUGGUAUAUUAUGACUUCCGAACACACCAAAGAAAUGACUAUACAAUUCUUUGAAUCGUUUGAUUAUUUUGGAUAUAAUCGUGACGACAUUGUCUUCUUUGAACAGUUCACUUUGCCAGCCUUUUCAGUAGAUGGGAAGAUUUUACUAGAAACUAAAUCCAGGCUGGCUUUUUCUCCAGAUGGAAAUGGCGGUUUGUACAGAGCUCUUAAUGAUCGUGGCAUUCUGAAUGAUAUGAAAUCAAGGGGAAUAGAAUAUGUACAAAUUUAUUGUGUUGAUAAUAUUCUAGUGAAACUUCCAGAUCUACACUUUAUAGGCUUUUGUAUUGAGAAUAGUGCAGAUUGUGGAGCUGAAGUUGUUCAAAAACUGGAUCCAGAGGAAGCGAUUGGAGUUGUUGGCGUUGUGAAUGGUCGGUAUCAAGUUUUAGAAUAUAGUGAAAUCACUCCUGAAAUGGCAUCAUUACGCGUAGAUCAAUGUAAACAGCAAAAUGACCUAUGUCAUUCAAAAACAACAAAUAAUGGCAAAAACGUAUCACCUGCAAAUAAUGAUAGUCGUUUAGUCUAUAGUCAUGGUAAUAUUUGUGUACAUUUCAUGACAAGAUCAUUUUUGGAACGUGUUUGUCAAGACGAUAUUCAAAUGCAGAUGAAAUAUCAUCGUGCUCAAAAGAAAGUCAGUUGUAUAGAUUUACAAACAGGCGAACAAAUAGUGCCUCAAAAACCAAAUGCAUUGAAGUUUGAAAAAUUUGCUUUCGAUAUUUUCCCAUUUGCUAAACGAUUUUUCAUUUGGGAAGUUCCACGAAAUGAACAAUUUUCUCCUAUUAAAAAUGGACCAGGUUCACUAAAAGAUUGUCCAAAAACAGCUCGCAAUGAUUUAUUAAAUUAUCAUACUCAACUGGCAAAAAGUGCUGGUGCUAUACUGAUAAAUGACAGUUACGCUGUAUCCAAUGGAAACGGAGGACAUCAGGAUGGUGUUUAUGAUAAAGCCUUGAUUGAAAUUUCCCCUUUGAUUACCUAUGAUGGUGAAAAUUUAUCCUGCUUAAAAUCUGUUGAAAUUCGUGGCCUUAAUCGAUUGGAAAUCGAUGAAGAGACAGGAAAACCAAUUCUACUUUCUUCUACAGUUUGAAUAAUAAUCAUUUAGUCCUAUAAGACAAGCACACACACAGUGGAAUUGUAUUCAUCAGAAAGAUUUAAUCAAUGUUGAAAGAUUCUUAGGCAAUGAAAGUCUUUCUUGAUGGCUUUUAUGUGUUCUGCUUCUUCUAUUGAAAUAAUCAUUCCAUAUUACUCUCUCUCUCUCUCUACAUAUAUUUUUUUUACUAUAUAUUCGAAUGACUCUUUAGAAGUCGUCUUCUUCAAUAAUCAAUCAAUCAAUCAAUUAGUGUUCAAGUUACCCUUCUAACUGAAUGGAUAAGUUGACUUUGAAUAUUCGCUUUCUUUUGUUUUCAUUAGCUUGGUCUUAUCGUUUUCCUUAUCUCUGUUGAGAUAAUCUAUACAUGCAUAUAUAUGAAACCAGUGAUCAUUAGGCUUGGUUCCAAUUUAUUGUUGUUUGUUUUUUUAAACUACGAAUGAAUCUUAAUUAUCCUUUAGGCAUUAAAUGUUUUUUCAAACUACUUUUCUCCCUUUUCUAUUUGUUUUGUUUUUUACAAUGAAUGAUUUAUAUAUUUUUGUUCAGUGGUAUCAUUAUAAGUUUUCGAGGGUAAUUUGAUUAUCACUCUUUCGGCUAUAAUGAUUAUUAUUAUUACUGUUAUUGUUGUUAUCCUUAUGAUUGUUAUAUCAAAUGAUACUUUUUUUAUAUUUUAUUUUUGUAAAAUGAAAAUAUUAUUAUUAUUAUGAUAACAUGAAUAAAUUCUAAUAUAGUUGUCUAUUUCAUCCCAUGCUGACAAUAAAUUGCAUAUCACAUGUCUAUUACAAGGUGUGUGUGUAUUCAUAAUUGACGUGGAAGUUUGGCGGCGCAAAUAUGGUA